AAAUGUCUGUGUCUGAAUAGCGUGAGAGACCUAAAUUAAAUACCAACAGAACAUAGACCAACAAAAUGUAUUUAUUGCAUAGCAAAUACAAAAAAAUCUACAUUAAAUAGGAUGUAUUAUCUCUGGUUGAUGGUUCUACUACUCAACCAAUCUUAGACAUAAUGGCUCUCCGGGUCUACAGUGAGAAACCCUCAAAACCAGAGAUAAAAACUGCAGUUUAUAAUUCAGGACUUCAUUAUUACAACCUUCAACAUCAGAACAGGGAUGUGUUGAGUAUCCUAUCUACUGAGUUCGAUAAAACUAUCAGAGAUAAAAUACUUACUACUGAGCUAGUUAAUAAUAUCCAUAUGAUAUUUAACCAACCUGAACCUGAGCAAGAGAUAUCUACGCCAGUUCAAACCAAGGACUUCAAUGCACUUGAUGUGCUAGACCAUCUCAGAAUUGAAGUAGAGAAGGUAAAAGAAGGAUUGGAACCUAACAAAAAACAAGCAGUUGAGCUCGCCAUUCAGAAAGAGGUAAAUAACUUGAAGAGGUAAACCCCUAGAAGAGGUAAACUCCUAGAAGAGGUAAACUC